CAGUACCGCGGGAUGCAAUCGGGACCUCCUUCUGGGCAGGGCCGGGGGCGGGCACCCGGGUCGAGGUCUCCGGGAGCCUUCGGGCUACCUUCGAGCCGAGGCGGCUUCACGGGCGAACGCCCCUCUCGCCAUGGGGGAGGUGGAGAUCUCAGCCCGGGCCUACGUGAAGAUGUGCCUGCACGCCGCCCGGUACCCGCACGCUGCUGUCAACGGGCUGUUGCUGGCGCCGGCGCCGCGGACCGGGGAAUGUCUGUGCCUCACAGACUGUGUGCCCCUAUUCCACAGCCACCUGGCCCUGUCCGUCAUGCUGGAGGUCGCCCUCAACCAGGUGGAUGUGUGGGGUGCACAGGGCGGUCUGGUGGUGGCUGGGUACUACCAUGCCAAUGCAGCUCUGGACGACCAGAGGAGCAGAGUCUGUACAUCUGGCACUAUGCUGGGUACUGGAGUGAGGAAAUACAAUGAUGACCCUGGGCCCCUGGCCUUGAAAAUUGCUGGGCGAAUUGCAGAAUUCUUCCCUGAUGCAGUACUCAUCAUGCUGGAUAAUCAGAAACUGGUGCCUCAACCUCGUGUGCCCCCAGUCAUUGUCCUGGAGAACCAUGGUCUCCGCUGGGCCCCCAAAGACAAGAACUUAGUGAUGUGGAGGGACUGGGAAGAGUCGCGGCAGAUGGUAGGAGCACUUCUGGAGGGCCGGGCCCACCAGCACCUUGUGGACUUUGACUCACACCUUGAUGACAUCCGGCAGGACUGGACCAACCAGCAGCUGAAUACCCAAAUCACCCAGUGGAUUGAUCCCACUAAUGAAAAUGCUUGA